AUGGAUGAAAAGAAGGCCGAGUAUGUGGCAGUGCCCACUACCGAUUAUCAACAUCCACCCACUCCAACUCCUGCUCCAUGUUCCCAUUGCACUAAUGGUGCUCAACCUUGUCGUCGUCGUCGAUUCUGCUACGUUAAGGCUCUCUUGAUUGGAGGUGCUGUUGCCUUGUUGACUUACAAUGCCGUCUCCCAUUGGACCUCUUCAUCGCAGCAUACCGACCAGGUUGCUCUUGAGCACGCAUCAUCUCCUUUUGACGUCAAGCACCCUGUUGGCAACUUUGGCUAUCCCAAGGACGCACCUGGUUACGAACAAGUGGAUGAGCUUGCCGAUUUCAUGAGCUCCUUGCAAACAACGCUUGCACCUCAUCACAAGCCCCAAUUUGCUCCCGAAUGCUGUCCACAUCAUCCUACAACAAAAGAUGUAAAGAAGGGUGAUCAUCAUAAGCACAAGAAGCAGCAUCAUCAUCAUCAUAAGCAUCACCAUCACAAACAUCAACAUCAACAGCGCGAUAUGGAAAACCUUCCCAGCUUUGAACAUCGCCAUCGUCGUACGCCUAUGCCUCGUCGUGAUCAACCUCAUCAUGAUGAACCAAAGGGAUGUCCAUGUGCAGCUCCUCCACCUCCACCACCUCCACCAAGUGAUGUCAAGAAGGAGGAAGGAAAAGAACAUCAACUCAUCCAACGAUUCCAAGGUCCUCCCCCACACUCGUUUUGUCCUCCCAAUGUUGAAUUGAAUGCUACCUCCACCGUGUACAGCUUUUCUCCCGAGGAAUUCAAUCGUGCUGCUCUUUACAUUGGCCAUGGCUUUGUUGAUAGCGGUGAUGUUUAUUUUACAAAGUCGGGCAACAAGAACAUCAACGACAUCAAGGUCAAGGUUACAGUGUUGCACGGCAGCGACUCCGCCCGUGAUAAGGUGACUCUUUCAGCAUUCGACCAUGAUGGCCAAUACGUUGUGGAAAUGCGUCGUGACCUUCCUCGUCACCCAUUCAAGAGAGAAGACAACAAGCUUCCUCCUGGUGCUCCUGGUGAUUUGUGUGUCAAAUACAAGGUCGAGGUUAUUUUACCCGCUGCUUUGGAGUCUUUUGAAGAGUUCGAUUUGCGUGCCAAGGAUGCUCAUGUUGGCAGCUGCAGUGGUUUGCAAACGGUUGUCUUUGAUCGAUUCAUUGCAGGUGUCGGCCGUGGUUACCUCAACUUUGGUGGUCUUAAUGCUCAAUUUGCCAAGCUUGGUGUCUUGUCCGGUCAUAUUCGUGGCAACUAUUCAGCUUCCAAAAAGUUAGCUGCCGGCGUUCUUCAUGGCACUACCGAGUUCACUGCUAAGCCCAUCGUUGAAGAGACUCGUAUUACCUCCAUUGUGGGUCGUGGUCAGGCUUCAGUCAAGGUGCCUGCCAAUGUCUAUGAGGGCGGAUUUGUUGUACACAGCUCGCAUCAAGGUACACCUGCUGUUCAAGCACCCAAUCCAAAGGACUUGCAUAUUACAAAGUACAGACACGAUCUCAAGAAGGGUUAUUACAAGGCCGACGACACUGGUUCUUUUAUCGCAAUCCACAACAGACACGGCGAAACCAAGCUGACAUUUGCCUAA